UCAAACGUUAGUUUAUUCCUCGAACAAGCGUCUCUCCGAUCUCAACCCCUCAAGGGCAAGUCAAUCCCAAACCAAACCAUGUCAGUGCUUGGUCGUAUGCGCGAGCGUCAAAAGGCUCUGUGGCCAAGAUUAAACCAUGACGCAACGCCGCUUCCAUCGGCAUGGAACCCAAAGGACAAGUUCAAUCUGCUCGAGCUCUCGCACAACAAUUGCAAAGUCACCUACAAGGGUCAGGGCAAAGGCGACACCGACGCUGCUGCAGUGCGUGCCAACGCGUUCAUUCCUCCAGAAUGUGGUGUCUACUACUUUGAAAUGCUUGUCCGAGACAAGGGCCGUGAAGGCUACAUUGGCGUUGGAGUGGCAACUAGUAACGUUUCACUCAAUCGCCUGCCAGGCUGGGAGCGACAAUCGUGGGGCUACCACGGCGAUGAUGGACAUACAUUCGCCUCGUCCAACACUGGCACCGUGUACGGUCCAACAUACACCUCGCACGAUGUCGUGGGUUGCUGUAUUAACUUUGUCGACAACACAUGCUUUUAUACGAAGAAUGGCACAGCGCUAGCCGUUGCAUUCCGAAACAUGCGCGGUAAGCUCUUCCCUAUCGUUGGCUUGCGGACGCAGGGCGAGGUUGUCGAGGCCAACUUUGGUCAAGACCCGUUCGUGUUCGAUCUAGAAGGGUACAUGGAGGAGACAAAGGCCAAAGCCCUUGCAACCAUCAAGAAGCGCACGCUUGCUGAAUCCCGUCUGUUCACGAGCGCGCCUGAAAAGGCCUUCACUUCUUUAAUCGCUUCCUACCUUGUCCACCACGGGUACACUGAGACUGCCCGUGCAUUUGCGCAAGACUCAAACACUGAACUUCAGGAAAGCGAGGAGUCCAUCCGCAGCCGCCAACAUAUUCGCGAACUGGUUCUUGGUGGACAAAUUGACGAGAGCAUCGCUGCCGUCAACCAGUUGAUUCCAGGCUUGCUUGCCUCCGAGACAGAGUUGCAUUUCAAGCUCAAAUGCCGCAAGUUCAUCGAGAUGGUCAGGGCAGGUGCCACGACCUCCGAAAGUCUGAUGCAAAUCAUGCAAUUUGGUCAAGAGUUGCAGCAAAUGUCCGAGGCGGAGCAAGUGGGUGCUGCCAGUCUGAAGGAUCUUGAGGACGCGUUUAGUCUGCUCGCUUACCCCGAGCCCACACAGAGUCCAGUGGCCGGCUUGUUGAAUCCUGCGCAACGAGAACCGCUUGCCGAUGAGCUGAAUUGCACCAUGCUCCAAUGGCUGAACUUGCCUCCCGUUCCUGCUCUCGAACUUGCCGUGCGACAAUCCGUCUGCGUUCUCAACGAGCUGUACACCCAGGGCGUUGGCAUGUCUGGCUUUGUGAGCGUGGAUGACUUUGUUCCAGAGUCCAAGGCGAGCAAGCAAUGAUGCGACAAUGCUUGUGUGCCGCUUGUGUUGUUUGUUUGCUUUCCUGUUUCGAACACCUUUGUGAAGCUUUCUGUGCAAAUGUACUGUAGAUUUCUUUUUCUGUCAUUUCUAUGUUUGAGAGAAUAAGAAGUACAG